UCCUGCACAGAAAGGCGAGGAGAGCUCCAAGUGGAGGGUGGGUAUUUGCUCUCCGUUUGCCUUGUGUUUUCCAUUCAGCGAGAAUGCUGUGGCUUCUCUUUCUCUUAGUGACUGCAAGUCAUGCCGAACUCUGCAAACCAGAUGCAGAGAAUGCGUUUAAAGUGAGACUUAGCAUCAAAACAGCUCUGGGAGAUCAAUCCUAUACCUGGGACACAAAUGAGGAAUACCUCUUUCGGGCCAUGGUGGCUUUCUCCAUGAGAAAAGUUCCCAACAGAGAAGCCACGGAAAUUGCCCAUGUCCUACUUUGCAACAUCACCCAGCGCGUGUCCUUCUGGUUUGUGGUGACUGACCCUUCGAAAAACCACACCCUUCCUGCAGUGGAAGUGCAGUCAGCCAUAAGAAUGAACAGGAACCGGAUCAACAAUGCCUUUCUUUUGAAUGACCAGACUCUGGAAUUUUUAAAAAUCCCUGCCACUCUUGGACCACCCACUGACUCAGCUGUGCCCGUCUGGAUCAUCAUAUUCGGUGUGGUCUUUUGCAUCGUCAUCGUGGCAAUCACGCUACUGAUUUUAUCAGGGAUCAGGCAGCGUAGAAGGAAGAGCAAGGGACUCCCUGAAGUAGAAGAUGCCGAAGAUAAAUGUGAAACCCCCAUCACCGUGGAGAAUGGCAUCCCCUGUGAUCCCCUGGACACCAAGGAGGUGCACCUGAACGAAGCCUUUGUGCCAGAGGGCGAGCGGCUCACCCCUCUCUGAAGGCUGCUGGCCGACUUCUCCAAGAAGCUCAACCCUUAUUUCUGAGCAACUGCCUAGCACUCCAGAAUAUCAAGGCCGCUGAUGUAUUUUGCUUCACUUGCUUCUUUUCAAAGAAAUUGUGAACAUCUGUGAAAGUAGAAGGCGAUUGAUCACAGGAAGAAGGUCAUUGGAAUCAUCAGCUGCUGACUACUCAUACGAUCCUUAACAAUUGCUUUGAGCACACACGUGUAGGUGUAGGCAUGUGGCAGUUGGAGUUAUCGAUUGCAGAAUGCCACCAUAUUUAUGCAUUUUAAGAAAUAAGUUCAGGUCAAUAUAGACAUACAUAUAUCUCUAUAUACAUAUAUGCACACUUCCCCACCCCCACCCCCCACAGUGAGGAAUAUCUGCAAUCAGAUGCAGAAGGAAGUGGAAAUGGAUCCUUUCGGAGACCUAUUUAAUCACUCUGGUCUCUGACUACAGAAGCAAGAGUCAAAAGUGAUGGCUGUAAAUGGAAUCGACACAGAUGGAACUGUUAUAACACAAGGUGGGAUUUGAUCCUGUCAUCUUCCCCAUGGUUGCUUACAUUUCGUGGGACUCUCCGUCUCCAGUAGAGCAGCUCUCCUGGUUGAGAAUGUCUGCACACUUGUAAAAAUCCAAUCCAGGCUCAUUUAAUAAAAUACUAGUUUUCGCUUUUCUGCUCGCA